AUGGGAAUGCGCUCGGCGUAUUUCAACUCUAUAGAUUCAGGAUCGGAGAAGCUUGUCCGACAAGUGGCUUGGUUCCAGUGGGCUGGAAAAACUCCGGAGCCCAAGCCUGAGGAUGGCAGGCCAAACUUCCCAUGUGACUAUUCGGCCCCAGCUAGAUCUGGACCAUCCCUUCCAGCGCACAUUGUGCGCUGCUUGCAAAGCUUGCUGCUGCCAGUUGAUGCCACCAUGGCCGAUAUCAAGAAGUCCUACAGACAGUUGGCGUUGAAGUACCACCCAGACAAGAGCGGCAAAGUUUCGCAGUUCAUGGAAAUUCGCGCGGCGUAUGACGAGCUCAUGUGCUUCUUCGGCUGA